AUGACCCAGCCGAAUGCAGCUUGGCUGCAAUCACUGCAGAACGGCAUGAACGGUGCAAGUGUGCCCUUCGCGGCUGCCAAGCCUACGGUACCUACAUUAACUGGUGGGCCCUUUGCGGCAGCUGCGGCCCUGACCCAGCCGACUGUGCCGGAAGACUUCUUUGAGGAGCUGACCAAGGGGCCGCCUCAGGGGGAUGCUCCGCCUGACGUUGCAGGAACAAUCUCCCCCUUCGCUACAGCGGCCACCCUCACUCCGCCGAGUGCCCCGGCAGAAUUCUUCGAGCAACUGGCACAGAGCCAGGGGAAUGUCGAGCCGAGCCCAGCAGGCACGAGCGCGCUCUUCGCACCCCCUGCGGCCACCUCAUCGGCGGCGCCAGCUGUUGAGCCCUGGGGAAGCGGAAGCCAGAGUGCGAGUAUCCCGGCAAAGCCUGCCACGACGGCUGCCGCUAGUGAUGCAGCGGCGAAGUUCUUAAAAGACUUCGCGGCGCGGCGCGGGCAAGGAACUACCCCCCCAGGCCCCAUUCCGGCAACUGCAGCCACGGCGCCGAGCGCUGCGCCUGCGGCCGCUACGGAUGCAGCGAAGUUCUUGAAAGAUUUCGCGGCGCGGCACGGACCAGGAAGCGCCCCACAAGGCUCCAGCGUUCCAGCAACUGCAACCACGGCGCCGCAAGCUGCUGCGUCUUCCGCUGCCCCGGCGGCCACCUCGGUCUCCUCCCUCUUCGAGGGACCCCCGAGUGUGAGUGCAGCAGCAAGCACCCCCGUGCCAAACGGAGCUUCAUCUGAUGCUCCAGGUGAGAUCCCUCCACCCGCAGAGGCACCAGCGCCCCAGGAACAGCCGAACGGCGCGGGGAGUCCGCCCACAGCAGUCGAAGGCGGCACCCCGGGCCCGGCGCCGCCCCUGGCUCCCAUGGGCGUGCCCCUCCCGCCAAUGGGCCAGAUGGGUCCACCACCUCCAGGUGCGAGUGCACCUUUCGCGGCGGCCGCGGUGGCCAACGAGCCAAAGGAGUUUGGCACUGGUGCGAGCCCGCUGACCUCUUGGACAGGCUCCGCCGCACGAGUGGGUGCUGCCCCGACGGAGCAGAAUGACAAGUCGUCUUCGUUUGGCAUUGCUUCGGCUGAUUUCUUCAGCGCAGGAGGUCUGCAGCCUUCUAGCGGCCCUGGGGCUUCUGCCGCAGCGGACCCUUUUGCGAACCCCAAGUCGGCGCCCUCGGCACCAAGGGAAGGACUUGCCGCUCUUUUCGAUUGA